CCUGGAGGUCCCAUAAUGCCUUGUGAUCCAAGAGGGCCGCCGUACCGUCAAAGUAGUCCAUUCUCUCUAACGUUCAAUUUUUUACAAAUUACAGGUGAAGCGCGAUUUAACGGUGUUGACUUCAACGGCACUCUCUUCGUGGACACAACCCAUGAUGAUGAUUACAUUGGAAUAGUAUUCAGUUACCUUGACAACAAGCAUUUCUAUGCAAUGGUUUGGAAACAAAACGAUCAAGUGUUCUGGAAAAUGAGACCAUUCAGGGCCACUGCUAUCAAGGGGAUCCAGAUUAAGGCCAUCAAAUCAAUUACUGGCCCAGGUCCAAUCAUGAGAAAUGCUAUGUGGCACACUGGAGAUGUGAGAAAUGAGGUAAAAAUGUUGUGGAAAGACCCAGCUAAUCAAGGAUGGAAAGACAAGACAAAGUAUUUCUGGCAGUUAACUGUUCGACCUGCAGUUGGUCUGAUAAGACUACGCGUGGAUACAGAAAAAGGUAUGCUCGUAGACACUGGUAAUAUCUGGGAUGAUACACUCACAGGUGGACGAAUUGGAAUGUAUGUCUUCUCACAAGCCGAAGUGGUAUGGGAGGACAUGAAAUAUGCUUGUAAUGAAACAAUACCUCAAUAUGCUCAAGCAGAAGCCAAGAAAAGAAGGAAGAAACAAGUGUAAAAUGUCUUGUAGUCAAACCCACAAAAUAUCCGAAAGAAAGACAGACAUAAUCACCUUGAGGAUAGCUGCCUAGCUUUGGACUUUAUACACAAACCAAUAGUCGCUAAGCAGAGCUAAAUAAUAUCUCUUGUAGAAGUCAAAAGAUAACUGAACCACGAAGAGAUUGAUGUUCAUAAAACAAGAAGAUCUUCUAGGACAGACAGACGGACAGUUAAAAGGACAGCUGUAAGAAAACGUGUUAAAGCAAGGACGUAUUUGGUGAUGUCAUUGUUAAUUUGUAUAAUAUUCAAUAAUAGGUUUAUAGUUUAUAUAGAGCAGGCUAGGAGUGCUUAAGGAUAAAGGAAGAGACCUUCGUCUUUUCAAUAGAUAUACAUUCAUAGGGAUAAUUUAUAUGUAAUUUUUUCCCAUUUCAGAACAAGUUUCAUUCUCUUGAAUAUAAAACAGUAAUGAUAAAAGGGUAAAUUAUACAACGUGAAAAGAUGAAAAAA